CGUCGGGGCAAGAGGUGGCGCGAGUCUAAGCUACAGAGCUCCCGCUCAUCCCCAGGGCAGACUUCUCGCCCUGUGGUCACCCAUCGAGUCUGUCACCAAACAUCACUCGCGCAGCACAAAUUGCCUCUGCCGGUCCACCAUGGGCAGCACGGACGGCAAGGCCGUGGUGCUCAUCACCGGUUGCUCGUCUGGAAUCGGACUGGAGCUGGCGGCCAGGAUGGCUCAAGAUCCCAAUAAACGAUACACGGUGAUCGCCACGAUGCGGAGUCUGGAGAAGCGGGGCGCGCUCGAGGAGGCUGCGGGAGCGGCGCUCGGCUCCUCGCUGCUCGUGCAGCAGCUGGACGUGUGCAGCGACGACUCGGUGCGGGACUGCCUGGCUGCCGUGCCGGGAGGUCGUGUGGACGUGUUGGUGAACAACGCGGGCGUGGGUCUCAUCGGUCCCGUGGAGGGCCAGACCAUGGAGGCGAUCAAGGCCGUGUUCGACACCAACUUCUUCGGCGUCGUGCGGAUGAUCAAGGCCGUGCUGCCCGACAUGAAGCGCCGGCGCAGCGGCCACAUCGUGGUCAUCAGCAGCGUCAUGGGCCUGCAGGCCGUGGUGUUCAACGAUGUCUACGCGGCCUCCAAGUUCGCCGUGGAGGGAUUCUGCGAGGCGCUCGCCAUGCAGUUGGCCAAAUUCGACAUCCACGUGACACUGGUGGAGCCGGGCCCCGUGCACACCAAGUUCGAGACGAAGCUCAUGGCCGACGCGGCCCGCGAGGAGUUUGCGGGCGUGGACGCCGAGACGCUGCGGCUCUUCCGCGACGUCUACCUCCCGGCGUCGCGCGAUAUCUUCCGGACGCUCGGCCAGACGCCCAGCGACGUCGUGAAGGCCGUGAUGAGGGUGAUCGGCAAGGAGCGCCCCCCGUUCCGCUACCAGACGAAUCCGCUGUACACGCCGCUCACGGCGCUGCGGCAGGCCGACGACACGGGGCAGCUCUCGGUGCAGACGUUCUACCAGCUGCUCUUCCGCCACGGCGCCGUCUUCCGCGCGUCGCUCGCCGCGCUGCGCUGCCUCACCUGCAGCUGCUGCCGCGCCACUCACUCGGACGCGUGACAGCUCACCUGGCGGGGGGGGGGAGCAAGGGGGGUGGUAGAGUGGAGUGACCGGCGCGGUGAAGUAUAGUUAAAUAAAGCCCCCCCCCCCACGACCCCCCACAGAAGUAGGGAGGCUCACUUAAGAUUUUGUAACUCUGUGUGUACGUAUGUAUGUUGAACUUCUUUUGCACCGUACGUAGCCGACCACGCUGUCGGCGAGCGGUUUACCCAAUACCACGCGCAGUCUUUGCGGUCCCGCCGAUGUGUCCGACUUGAGGAGUUCACGAUCGACUCUGAGCGCAGGCGAGGUCGUCGCUUGCGCGUGCCCGAUGAGUGGUGCGCGUGCACGUGUGACCCACGUGACGUAGAGGGUGAGCGGUGGCGCAGCGGUCGUGAACCCGUGAACACGAUUUUAAUUCCCGCUCACGGCCAACACAAAAUCUAACCCCAAAAAAAAUAUUCUAACCCAAAAACCUUUAUGAUUAUACCGACUAUAAUCACCCAGGAAUGUCCUUAACGCUGGUGACGUCACUCCACGUCGACCAGUCCCCCUCAUUAAUAAUCAUGAGCAGGUGACGUCCUCCAAAUGGACACCCCCCCCCAAUGCAUAAUAAUUAGCGGCUGACGUCACCACAUGGGGGGGGCGAGGCACCUCCUCCCCCCUCCUCGGCGUCAACUGACAACCCUCACUACAAAGGCAGAACCCUCACGUCACGCGAUCUCCAUCACGCUGUUGUUGAAACAUCAAAGUAAAAAGGACGUCAUGAUGAACAAGGGAUUAUAACCUUAAAAUGAAAUAAGUCUGUGUCACCGCGCCCUUACUAAUUGCACACGAAUUGAUGCAAUGAAUAUCUCACGUCGCGGUCUGCUUUGCGCUUGCAAGUUUCAGACUUACCGCAAUACACCCGUCCUCGGGCUAAAGGCUCGUGGAUAAUGUUGGUCGCGAAAGCCAACACGUUGAACUGCCCAACACCAUCGUGAGAGGUGGCGGCAGACUGCGAAGGACUUCAUCCAGCAGUGGAUUGACCAUGACUGACGAUGCCAGCCAUCCACGCGCUCAGGCAGCCAAAGGCAAUACAGUACUGUGUAUACUUGUAUUGCUUACUGUCCUUGACUGAAGCAGGUGAGAAACGUGUCAGAUAAAUGUAAUCCUGUUGUACAAUUACUUACCGGGAAAUCAAAUGAAAGUGCUUUUUGACGCGUGCGUCUGUCCGGUUCACUAAAGUCCCCAAGUGCGUGCGUGUGAUGAGACCCAAGUGUUGAUGGCAAAUAAAAGUUUAAAUAA